AUGAGAACGUUAAAUGCUAGGGCGUCCCCCUCAAGCGACGUAGAUGCGAAGAAUGCUAUACAUGCUAGGGCGUUCCCCACAAGCGACGCUAAAGACAAGAACCAACGUUCGCAUCCAAAAGUCUUUGACAAACUCAGACUCGCAUCGAGGAACCUCGGCACAAUGACGGGACGCAGCACAGAACUAAGCGAAAUUUUAAAAGCAAGACAAAUAAACGCCUGCUGCGUCCAAGAAACAAAAUGGAAAGGGUCAAAAUCCAGGGAUAUCGGAAAUGGCUACCAGCUUGUAUACCAUGGUAUAGAUACCAAAAGAAACGGAGUAGGUAUCGUAUUGGAUGAAAACCUGAAAACGAGAAUAAUCAACGUGGAUAGAAAGAAUGACAGACUCAUUAGCAUAAAACUAGCAAUGGAUGGUCAACCGCCUUUGAACUUAAUCUCUGCGUAUGCACCACAAGCGGGAUGUUCUGAACAAGAAAAGCAAGAUUUCUGGGAGGACUUUGACGAAAUUAAGCAAAACAUUCCUUUAACAGAACAUGCCCACAUAGGAGGAGACCUGAAUGGACAUGUAGGAGAAAAGAAUGACCUUUAUAGCGACAUCCGUGGAGGCUAUGGAUUGGAGAAACAUCGUUCAAACAAAGAAAAUCUGUAUCUCUGA